AAAACGAGUGGUGGUCUUAUUGCUGGAACUGCUGCUGGAACUUCAGCCCAAGGUUCGGGAAGUGCCGAGUUUGGCUCGGGAAGUGGGCGAGAGUCGGAGGCUGGUCUUGGGGAAUUGAGGGAAUUAAGGAUCGAUGUUGGACAUGAUUUGGGUUCGAGGUGUUUGUCUGGAGGAGAGGGUAGGGGUGAGUUAGCAAAAUCAGGUGCGAAUGGGGGGUCUCGAGAAGAAAAGCCUGAAAUGGGCGAGCACUCAGGGAGCGGGCAGCUGCCAUCAGGAGAUCGAAAAACGGAGGAAUUGGGUGGUGGUUGUACGACACCGUUAGCGGAAGAGCAGCCUCAACAAGGCGGCAGCAGCACCUCAGCAAACGCGUCCACAUCACAUUUGUACCCGUCUUUAACAGUUUUAACUGGGCAUCUUUCGGCGUCACAGCCUGAAAUUGGAUCUCAAAGCGGUGGAGUUUGGAGCGAGGUUGACGGCUCUAAGGCCCAGAAUCGUGAUUCGAGCAGAUCGCUGGAGAGAUCGGAUACGUUGAAAGCUGAGCAGCAGGCAGCGGAGGAGGAACAGGCAGUGAAAUUGGUUCGAGUGAGUUCAACGGGUGCGUGUCCGAUCACCAGACCGAUGAUGCCUCCGCCGGCUGUGCCUGAACAACGUCCGCAGUUGAAGGAGGCUGGCGCCGGCUUAAAUAAAGUUGAACCGGAAAGAGGAAAAGGUGACGGGGUAGACAAGACAGCUGCCGGAGAAAGGCCGAAAUUUGAUUUGGGUUCAGUGUCGCCGAAUCCGUCAGUUCCGGAAGAGUCACGGAGAAGCCUGGAAGCGGCAGGAGUGAAGUCAUUGAAGGAUGGGCAACACAACUCUCUGGCCGUAUCGGUUUCGAGUCCGGCAGUGGUGGCUACUGGCACUAAGAAGGCCGCAAGUGCAGGCAUGCCGUCGACAGAUGCCCUCGUGCCGUCGUCAGAGGCUACUAAAGAGAAGGCGGCACCACCAGUUGUUCCACCUCGUACAAAGAAACGACGAGUCACCGAGCUGAAAUGCUCUGAGGUGCGGUGGUUCUAUCGACGGAAGGUGGUCGAAACCAAGUGGACACCGUUUGCAGGUGGGUCGCGUUGUUUAGCUCGUUUGUGCCUUAAUUGA